AGUAGAAGAAGAAGAAGACGAAGAAGCUCAAACUGACUGGGUUGUGAUUCUGAAAGUUAUUUAUAGUUACGGUACACAGAAGCAAAGACUUGGGGUCUUCCUCUACCAGGUGAUUGGCCAUGAACAGUAUUAUUUUUCAGCAUCAUACUGUGCUGUCAGAUGUUCACAUGCUCCUACCCAAUGCAUGUCAUCUUAUGAGACGCCUCAACCGUGUUGGACAGCCAGUCUUCCUAUCAAAAUUUGAGAUCUUGUGUAAUGGUCAAAAAGACGCCAGCAAAGACUCAACGAAAGAAUCAGUGAAGGAAUGUGAGGAAAAAGAUAACCAAGAGGAAGAUGAUCAAAAAGACAAAAAAUGUAAGCAAGAAAAACAUAAAGAAGAAGAGGAAAGAAAUACUCCUGUAGUUUUGGAUGAAGAUGGAGACCUUGAUGUCACUCAUCGGCCAACGAAAAACCCUGACCAUAGUGGCCGAGAUCUGGUCAAUCCUGUCAUCCUUUGCCAGUCAGACCCUGUAUGGGACCCAGAAGAGGAAAACACUGACGAUGAUGAUACUGUCUUGAAAGAUGUUAUAAGGAUUGAACACACUAUGGCAACUCCCCUGGAAGAUGUUGGCAAACAAGUUUGGCGAGGGGCGUUGCUCUUAGCUGACUUCAUCUUUUCAGUUCCACUUAUGUUUAAAGGAGCCACCAUCCUAGAGCUUGGAGCAGGAACAGGAUUGACCAGUAUUAUCAUGGCAACCUUAGCCAAAACAGUUUACUGCACAGAUGUGGGAGAAGACCUUCUAAACAUGUGCAAGAAGAAUGUAACAUUAAAUAAACAUCUGAUAGAACCCACAGGUGGAGAAGUAAGGGUGAGACGACUGGACUGGCUCCAAAAAGACUUUUGCACAGAUGCUGAUGUGGAAUUUAGCUGGACAGAGGAGGAAAUAGCUGAUAUUCAUAACAAGACGAAGUUCAUCAUUGCUGCAGAUGUUUGCUAUGAUGAUGAUCUCACAGAUGGAUUUUUUCGAACUCUGUACCAACUCUGCAGUAAUUUUAAUCAUAUCUGCCAAGUAUUCAUCUCUAUAGAAAAAAGGAUGAACUUCACCCUGCGCCACAUGGAUGUUUCUUGUGAGGCUUAUGACCAUUUCCGCCACUGUCUGUUUCAACUCCAUGACCUGGUGGAUGGAAAAUGCAGAUUCAGGGUGGAAGAAGUUUCUCCUGACUUUCCUCAGUGUCUUAUGUAUGAACGCAUCGAGCAACUGGAGCUGUGGAAGGUGACGGUCACUCCUCUUAGACUAGACUCGGACUGUGACUAGGAUUCCCCUCUGCUGUCUUGAACAAAUAAAAUAUGCAUCUGACCUCUGA